AUGCUCGAUAAGGCAUGGAAACAUCUCAUGAAAGAUGGAGUUGGUAUUAUGGGUAUGUAUGGUAUGGGCGGAGUUGGGAAAACAACGCUUCUCAUGCAAAUCAACAAUAAGUUCAGUGAAGAAAGGUGUGGAUUUGAUUUUGUGAUUUGGGUUGUGGUGUCUAAAGAGUUACAUGUAGAGAAGAUUCAAGAUGAAAUCGCUCAGAAAGUUGGUCUUGAUGGAGAGAAGUGGGAGAAAAAAAAGAAGAGCCAAAAGACCAUUGAUUUAUACAAUUUCUUGAAGAAAAAGAGAUUUGUGUUGUUUUUAGAUGACAUAUGGGAGAAGGUGGAUUUAACAGAGAUUGGAGUCCCAUUUCCAGCACCAGAAAACCGAUGCAAAGUAGUCUUCACCACUCGUAAACGUUGGACAAAGAACAUUAGGACGCGAUCCAGAGAUCCCCAACUUGCAAAAGACAUUGCUAGAAAAUGUGGUGGCCUUCCAUUGGCGCUCAAUGUCAUAGGGGAGACCAUGUCAUGCAAGAAGACGGUGGAAGAAUGGCGUCACGCGAUAAAUGUUUUGACUUCGUACGCUACAGAGUUUUCUGGCAUGGAAGAUAAGAUCCUUCCGCUUUUGAAGUAUAGCUACGAUAAUCUUAAGGGCGAGGAUGUCAAAUCAUGUUUGCUGUAUUGCGCUUUGUUCCCAGAAGAUUAUCUGAUUUCUAAAGAGAUUAUAGACUACUUGAUAUGCGAAGAUAUUAUCAAUGGAAGUGAUGGAAUAGAAAGGGCUGAGAACAAGGGGUAUGAGAUAAUUGGUGAUCUUGUUCGUGCAUCUUUGUUGAUGGAAGAGGAUGGAAGAGAAGUGGUGCGUAUGCAUGAUGUUGUUCGCGAAAUGGCAUUGUGGAUUGCAUCUGAAUUGGGAAGAGAAAAGGAGGCUUUCAUUGUGCAUGCAGGUGUAGGGUUAAAUGAAAUUCCAAAGGUUAAGAAUUGGAACAGUGUGAGAAGAAUGUCACUGAUGAAGAACAAGAUUCGCAAUCUAGCUGGCAGUCCUGAAUGUCUCGAACUCACAGCUUUUCUCAUGCAACGGGGAGAAUUGGUAAAUAUCUCGAGUGAAUUCUUCAAGUCCAUGCCGAAGCUACAGGUGUUGGAUCUAUCAUUUAAUGAACAUCUCACCAAAGUGCCGGAUGGAGUAUCUGAUUUAGUUUCCUUGCAAUAUCUCAACUUGUCAGACUACAGGUAUCCGUCAUCUCCCUAA